AUCGCUAGCGAGACUAUGGAGGGACGAGGGAUCAAAAGGCAUCGCGCAUUCAUCGCUGACUGAUCUAUCACUGAUCAUCAUGAACAGUGCAACAUAGUAGGAGUAUUACAUGUGAGAUGUCAGUGAUCAAACAUGGCAAAGAAACGGAAACUUGAAACUGUGGGACAUCCAUCUCCACCGAGAAGAAAUACAAGAGCAGCUUCUAAAUCAGAUUUGGGAGGUUGUGGUGAUGGUGGGCCCUCACAAACACAGCGUGCUAGUGAUGCUGCCCUCUCGCCGAAGAGAGUCACUAGAGCAAGCUGCAGGGAUAUCAAGGGAAUGCCGGAUCAAGAUGUGGAAAACAAGAGGCGCAAGAAAAGCAUCAUCAUGGGCGAUGAAGUAAAGCAGAAAUCAAAAGAAAAAGAGGCGAUGGAUGAAUGCCACACAAUCAAGAAGCAACCAGAUAAGGACUUGAGGAAAAAGGGAUCAGCUAGGAGGUUGAUACUUAUUAACAACAUACUAGAAGAUCCUCAGAAAAAGGAGAUCGAACGAGUCGGUUUUGGGGGGCUGCUUCUAGUUCAAUGUUGGUCAGUCCCAGAGAAGCUAUCUUCCUGGCUCAUCAAGAGAUUUGAUGUCACAAGAUCCGAAUUGGUCAUACCGUACAGGGGCAGAAUAAAGGUUGAUGACCACGCUGCCCAUAGGAUCCUGGGGCUCCCAAUGGUUGGAGAGCACAUCGAUUAUGCAAAGAACAGCUUUGCUGACACAUAUGAAGAAUUUUACAAAGUUUUCAACCAUGAAAAUGACCAAAAAGCACCAACAUUCACCGAAACUGAAAAUUGGCUAUUGGGUGAGGGAAAGAAGAGGAGUGACACCUUAUGGCUGUGGUAUUGCCUUGAGUUUGCCAUCAGCUCAUUCUUGUGCCCUACUUCAAACCCAAGUUUGUGUGUGCGGGCGUUCCAUGCGAUCGCAGAUAUAGAAAAGAUCAACAAAUACAAUUGGUGCAGGCUUGUAGUUGAAAAAUUGAUUAGAGGCAUCACGAAGUUCAAUGAAGUAGGAAAGAAAUCAGUGUCAGGCUGUCUUUUUCUCCUUACAAUUUUGUAUUUGGAUGCCCUCGACACCGGUGAUAUUGUAGAUCAAACUGCAAAAGUAAAAGCUUCUGUUUGGACACGAAGCUUGGUUACCAGAAUCACUACAAUGGACAAGGUAUCCAGCACUGAAUUCGGGAAGUUACAUCUCAAAGCUAAGUACCAAAUGAACUCCCCCAACAUGCUCAUACAACCAGAAAAGAUUGAUGAGUUUGUCAACUCCAACAUGCCCGCUGAAUCAGUCACCAUGGAUAGGAACACCUUCAAGCAAGCCAUCAGCGAGUUCAGCUUGGCCAUCAAUGAAGCAGUGGUAAAUCUUACCUUCAAACUGUCUCAAGGCGGCAAGCAGCCAACGAUCAGCACAGGUGCACCAGCAAGAGCACAGAGCACACGUGCAGCUGCGGCAGAAAAACAGAGCAGCUCGGCAGCAACAAAAGACGAAGAUGCUGAGUUCGAAGAUAAAAGUGACACACCCUCCGGGGGGGUCUCGAGUACGCUGAGGAGUCUGAAGACGAGCCCAUUGUUAAUUGUGAGCGCAGAUCCAAAAGAAAACAAGAUGGGGGAAAGGGUCAGGAAAGUAGUAGUGAGGAAUUGGAAGAUUAUGCUGAUUCAGAUUCUGGCAACGAUCGGGGAGAAGAUGGGGAGAAGAUCGGGAAGACGAGCCUAUUGUUAGUAGGGAUAUAAAUGAGGGAUAUCAACUUGCUUGCAACACCCAGUCGCUAGACAUUGAUAUCACCGGCUUUACUGCAACACAAAGAGAUGGUACACAAGAAGUUGACAUCACCGGGCUGCAGAGUCAACAAAAUGAUGAUGAAAUACAAGUUCAAAGCAAGGAGAAAGGUAUCCCUCAAGGCAAAGAAGACAACAAACAUAGUGAUGACAAAGAAGAAGAUAACAAAACACACCACUAGCAAAUUGUGAUGAUGCUAAAGGCAAACAGCCAAGGAAAGAUGACGACCAAGAUGAUGAAGGAUAUAGUGGGGCCAACAAUCCCGAAGAGCAAGCUGCAAACAAUAUAGGGGGCGAAAGUGGGAAUGCAAGUCAAAGGUUAACACCUCAAAAUUCUAAAGGGACAGCAGAUACAAAAGUCUCAGGCAAGUGCAGUGAUGACCAUCUGGAGCCUAGGGAAGAAAAUACGCUGAGUAUUAGAGAAGAGAUGGAAGCAUUAGGGCUACUUGAUGAUACAAUAUCAGGUCGUGCGACUGCAAAGUAAAUGGUUUUUGAACCGAUAGAGAUUUUAGAAGUGGGUGCAAUAGCGGAGGCGAAGAAAAUGGUUGAGGAUUGCAUGCAGCCACUACCUAUGCCGGACUCCGGAUUAAAUCUGCCACUCAAAGAAGAAUCUGAGAAGUUCGAGGCUAAACAAAUCAAAGAUGCCAUUGACAACCACCUUUCUCCUGAAACAAAAAAAGAAUUGAGGACCAAGAGAACUGCUACAAGGAUAGAUUUUAUGACUAGAAAGAAGUUGGCUGCUGAAAGUCCGAAGGCUGCAUGCCACUUGCCUCCACUUGCACCCAAAAAGGAUAAUGGAAAGACAACUUCAGACAAAAUGCAGCUCCCCCAAGAAGUAAAGGGUUCAAACGAACUCAAACAAAACAGCAAAAGCCCACAGAGCAAUGAAAAUCAAAAAGAUGAAGCAUCUGCAGCAUCAUCAACAGUAGCAAGGAUAAAUGUUUACACCAGGAAGCCAAGGAAAAUUUCAACUGAAAUGGAAAAGCUAGUAGAAGCCUCGCUUCCAACAGACAAGGGUGAAGAGAGCAAAGGCCCGCUGGCAGCCAAAAAGUUAGAUGAGAAAGCAAAGGGCAUUUCCGGUGAGGGAGGAAGCAAUCUUCCAAUCAUGCGCACUAUUGAGGAGAUCAAGGAAUCUAAAGGAUACAGAGAUGCCCCAGACGCACCCAGUUUCUCACUUGGGUUUGAUGAUGUUACCCAGAAGAGCCCAAUUAAAUCAACUACUGACGACUUUAUCACCUCCUCAAUGUUUGACCAACUUUGUGAUGAUGCCAUGAAGAACUCAGCGAAGCAUCAAGAUUACUCCACCAUAAACACAAACCCCAGCAUAAACACAAACCAUUUGAGCCCGGAACAAGAAACCAUAUACAAUGAAAUUUGCAAGUGGAGGUCGCGGUCCGGUGCUGAUACCAGUCCGGACGCAUUCAAGUCAAAUGAAAUCACAGCUACUGCGAGUGAGCUAGCAAAUAGCAUGGCCAUGGGCAGAUCGCUAAACACAAUUGCGCUCCAAGUUGGGACAUUUGUAUUGUCGAAAGAUCCAGCACAAAGGCGGAAGAAAAUAAUGUCACCAUGGGUUGGGUUGAAGAUGAUGACGCCAACAGAAGCGUAUUGCAGGAUGGUUGAGAAAGCAUUUGAUUUCCUCAAUACAGAAUAUGAUCUGAUCUUGUUCCCAAUCCAUGAAGCAAAUGAAAACGAACCGAAUGCAGCGAGGCACUGGUUUACAGUUGUAUUAAACCUGGCAGAUAAAGAGUUCCAAGUCAUUGAUUCUCUAAGGACCUCUGGCACCCAGUCACUAGAUCUGAAAGCACACAUGGUUUGCGCGAAGAUCAUAACACUAUGGAAGAAGUACACGGCAAAGCACAAUGGGUGCACAGUCCCCAAUAUUUUUAGCUAUGAACUUCGAUUUAUCUCGGGCUACCGGCAAUUUGGAAUCCAUGACUACAGAUUGUUCACCCUCAAGACGAUUGAGUUUUGGGAUGGAAGCAGGCUGCCCAAGUUUAUUGGAUCUAGUGAGGUAAAUUUGCGGAAACAAGUUCUUCACCAGUGGAUCACUAGUCCAACAAACCAAGCUCAUUGGAAGAGCACUCUCUGUCAAGGAAGCGAGACAAAGGGGGAAGGGGCUGGUUGUAGCACAUCAAUGGGGAAAACGACAUAGAGGAAGCAUCGGAAGGGGGGCAAGAAAUGCAAAAAUGGCGCAUGGACGGCGUUUUUUUCCUCUCUUUUUUUUCAAGGAUGACGUGUAACAAAAGGCAUUACUAUUGUGUUUCAUGUCAGUCACUUUUUUUAAUGCGUCUUUAGCUAAAGAAAUUGUAUGAUGUGUGCCCUUUGCCAGAACUACAAUGUUACAAUGUUACACCCAUUAAGUUCAAACCUCAAGAGUUGUGCA